AUGGCUGUUGCUGAUGUGACCUUAGAUGCGUUAAAGCGAAAACUAGACGAAGUUCAACGUUUUCUCCACAUUUCCUUAAGCAUUGCUAAUGCGCACACGGUUGACUUUUACACUCAUGAUGUGUGGAGCCAAUUCAUGGCUGUGACUCCCGAGGAUGUGUUGACAUGCUUCGGUUCUACUAAUGACCUGAAGAUGGCGCCCGAAGUGAAGGAAAAGGCCACGUUUGGUUUCUGUAACGAGAGUAAAAAGUUGGUGGAUGUUUCUGCUCUGGUAAAAGCUGCUAAAGACCGUUCCCUGCCGGGCCUCGGUGUGUGCUUGUCGCGUACGGACCUACUAAAGUACCUGAGAGCGGCCGGCGGAGAGAGACAGGUGGAAAAAGGGGAGACACCAGAUGACAUUAUUGUACCUGAUGAAUUUAUGAACUGUAAGAAGGCUCACGAGGUUCAGGCCAUGUCUGAGGUGGUGUCUUCUCUGGCCAAACACUGUGAGGUCAAACAGGUUAUAGAUGUGGGCUCAGGUAAGGGUUACUUGUGCACGUAUCUGUCCAUGCAGUACCUGUUACAGGUGUUUGGUAUCGAUUCCUCCGCUACCAACACCCAUGGUGCCCAGGAGAGAAACCGCAAACUCAGAAAGUUCUCUCGAGCCUACCAGAGACACGGCAGAGCCAUAGAGGCAGGUUGCCCGACAGUGUCCCAACCCCAAGACAGCAGAGAAAAGGAGGUGGAAAGUAGACAUUCUGAGGGAGGAGAGAGGAGGGAUAUAGAGGAGAAGAAGAAUGAGAGAAUGAUCCAAAAGGAUGGGGUUUUGGAAGAAUGUCACCUCUUAAAUAAACCUGACGAAGAUUCCUGUGACUCUGUGAAUCCAGACGGUGAAAACCCUUUUCUUAGCGCGUUGUCUUUAGAUGUAGUGGAGACCCCUUCACCUCGGGUUCCUCCCAGUGAGCUGAGCAUGGAGGAGAGGGAGAGGCGGAAGAGGGAGAAUCUGGAGAGGAAAGCUCAAAAUGCCAAAGCCAAUGGUUCCAACAAUGGAAUAACAUUCUCCCCUCUGACUUCCUACAUCACCGCGGAAACGGAACUCCAAGAAAUCGUUCCAGAACUGGAGGAUGCAGUUCUGGUUGGACUGCACACGUGUGGAGACCUAGCUGCCAGCACGCUGAGGAUGUUCGUGGCCAAACGGGAGCUGAAUGCCUUGUGUAGCGUUGGCUGCUGCUACCACCUCCUCUCUGAGGAGUUUGAGCCCACCAGACAAGAGUGUGAGAAUGGAAUAUAUGGGUUUCCUGUGAGUCAGUACCUGAGGGGUCAGGCUUGUUUCUGUGGGAGAAAUGCCAGGAUGUCAGCAUGUCUGGCCCUAGAGAGGGUGACAGUUGGAGGAGGGCUGCCUAUGGAAUCACUCUUCUACAGAGCUGUUCUUCAUGUCAUUCUACAGGACCAUUAUGAUGCUCAUAAAAGUGAGAGGCGUGUGGGCAAUGUAUACUCCAAAGCUUCUUCAUUUGUGGACUACGUUCGGAGAGCGCUCCGGAAGCUGCAACUGGAUGACUCUAAGCUCUCAGACAGUAUUAUCCAGGGUUACCAUGACCAAUACAAACCCAGGAUGAAUGAGAUGGUGGCUUUUAAUAUGCUGAAGGUGACUCUAGCUCCCUGCAUUGAGGGCCUGAUUCUGCUGGAUCGUCUGUGUUACCUAAAGGAGCAGGAGAACGUCCGUGUUUCAGCCCUCGUGCAGCUCUUUGACCCGCUGAGGUCACCGCGGUGUUACGCAGUCGUCGGAGUGAAGACUUCUGGGAAAACAUGACACCCGUUGGAAACAUUACCUCAUUACUCCAACCGAUGUCGUUUUCUGAUC